AUUGUUUUAUUGAAAAAACAUAAUCGCGAUCUUUUGGCAUAUAUUUUUGGGAAAAUUUUUUAAAACAAAAUAUUCAAAAUGUCGUUCACUUUUAAUCAUAAAUUUUGGGUCGCAACCAGAAAAGAUAUUCAAAAUUUAAUUAAACGGCAAAAUGUUCUUAAGAAAAUGAAACCAAUUCAAGACCCCGUGCUAACGUAUAAAAUAUUUUCUCAACUUUACGUUUUGUAUACGGAAGUGGUCAAUAAAUUGGGAUAUUUAUACAGCAACACCUUUCAAGUCCAAAAGCGUCAAGUUAUAAACGGAUUAGUAGACACAGCAUUGAGGAGACUUAUAGAGUUAAAAGAAGAAUUAAAAAGAUUAGAGCUUUCUGAAUAUGUUUACAUGGAUAAAGCUCUUAUUGCCCGUAAGUUAACUCCACACGAUUUGGUAAUUUGGCGUUCGCCACAGUUUUUAUAUAGGAGACCUCCAGAAUUGCAAGAUAUUCUGUAUGAACAUAAAAUAUUUAUGGAUGAGGAAGCUAAGCUAAACGAACAAAGUAAGAUUUUAGCUAAAAUUGGCGAAGCAAUAAUUAUUAUACAAGCGCAUGAGAGAGCUAGACGUGCUCGAUUAUAUAAAGCAGCAAUUAAAUACGACAAGAAAAAAUACCUUAUUGUGAGGCAACCAAAUAAAGUUAAAUACACGUUUUCACAUAAUGAAGGCCCAAUGAGUAUACCCGUUAAACGUACCAUUUUCAAUGCCAAUUUUAUAAAGCCUACAGAAGAAUGUAAAUACUUAACCGAGUCAGGAGUAGAUGCUGAGGAUGAAAUUGAAAUCGAUGAAAAUGAACUACGGCGUUUGAAGGACGAAGCUGCAUUAAAAAUUCAAACAUUGUGGCGUGAGUUCAGCACUCUAAAUGUAGUGAGGCAAAAAAUUAAAAUAAAACAAACAAUCUAUGGAAUGAAAUUGAAAAGAAAACUAGUAAAGCCCCAUGAACGAGCAGAAUCAAUUAUGGAUACUUAUAAAAAAGAAAUGCUUAAGAAAAAACUAGAUGAAGAUUUCCAAAAUCUUAUAGAAAGUGAAAAUACCAGAUUAUUACAAGAGCGAAGUCCGUGGAUAAUGGAAGAUAUAUCCGAUCACAUUCGUGCCUGGUUUCGGGAAUUUUAUGACAAGGUCGGAGAAUUUCAUCCAUAUCCCGAUGCUUUAAAGGGUGGUACUGUUCUAGUUGUAAUUAACGAAACCAUGGAACCCAUAGAAUUUUCGGAGAAGAAAAAUAAAAAAAAUGCAGCUCAAGAAAAAGCAAAACAAAAGGAAAAAGCAAAACAGGAAAGACAAAAGGAGAAACAAAAGUUAGCGAAAGAAAAACAAGCGCGAAAGAAGAUGAAAGAGGCAGGAAUAGUUGAUAUUGGUUAUGAAAUUUCAAGCAAUAAGUAUACAGUAAAAAUGGAAGAGAUAAUGGAAAAGUACUCUACUGAUUGGAAAUUUAUUGAUGAAUAUUUAAAUAAGCACCAUGAAGCGAUUAAAGAAUGGGUAACAGAUAAAGAGUUGUGUCAAAUACAUAAGGACUUAAGACUUUUAGUGGAUGAAUACAUGAGGAUUGAAUAUGAGUUACUAAGAAAAGCUUUAGCAGCAGAUCUCAAGAAGAAAUAUAGACCGACUAAAGCAAAAAAACCGAAAAAGAAAAAGGGAAAAGGAAAGAAGAAAAAGGCAGUGCAUGAUAUGACAGGAGAUCGAACAUUAGAAUCUCUUUAUGAUGAAUUGAAAGAGGCUAAACUUAUUGAAAAGUUUGAUCAUAAGACAUUCGACAACUUUGUAUCGGAGUUUAAUUUUGUUGCUGACGAUUUAAGAGAUGAGAAUAACUUAACCACUCUUGGACCUGCAAGAGGUGAUAUAAAAAUGGUAAUACAAGAAUGUAUGCUUGGUAUGGGUGAAUUCGGAGUGGAUAAGCCUAAAUCGCUGUGUAUUGUCGGACCACCAAGUACUGGAAAAAAACUUCUUAGUCAAAUUAUUGCUUCAGAAAUUGAUGCGUUAUUUAUUAAUAUUAGCCCAGAGAAAAUAUUUCAAUUCGCUGAAGAUUUACCAUACUUUUUGCACGUUCUUAUGAAAGUUGCCCGAGCAUUUCAACCAACAAUUCUUUUUAUUGAAGAUGCUCAUAGAGUGUUUUGGAAAAAGAUUCCCGAAGAUCAAAAAGGAAUUAAUCCCAGAAUGCUUCAAAAGUCAAUAGCAAAAAAAAUUUUAAAACCUAUUAAAAAAGAUGAUAGAAUAAUGCUAUUAGGUACAAGUGAUGUCCCAUGGACUGCCAAACCGAAAUUUAAAAAAAUCUUUCAAAAAAUAAUAUUAAUUCCGAAAAGUGAUUAUGGUUCCAGUUUUCUUCUCUGGUUAGAAUUUGUUUCCCAAACAGCUGAUCAAGAUGUGAUAGAUGACUAUGUAUACUCAGCCUUAGCCAAAACGUUUCAGGCUUAUAAUUCUGGCGAAAUUGUAAACAACGUGGAAACGACCCUUAAUAUCCAAAGACGUUUGGAGUUACGUCAAGCUUCUUUAGAGCCUGAAGAAUUUGUAGACCAUUUUAUUGGUGGAGAAAAUUCGCAACUACCCUUGGAUCAAAAAAUUGUGGAUAAGUAUGAAAACUGGUAUAAAAAGGCAAAUAAAUACGCAAAAAUGCGCAAAAAGUUUUUAGCUAAACAACAAGCAAAACAGAAAAAGAAAUAAACAAAAAUCAUUAUAAUUCAGAAGGAAUAUCAAUAAAGUUUUUCCAAGAUGUUCAAUAAACUUAAAUAAA